UCAUCACUGUUCAAACUGUUGUGAUUUUCUGCGCGGCUCGUUUCGCUCGGAAUUUGUUUUAAAUAAUUCAGACUAGACUGUCAUGGCUGUUGCACAGAAGAAAAAGACUGAGGCAAAAAAGAAAAGUCAUGAAAAGGGAAAACAGAAGAAGGCCAAAGUUAUGCCCGCCACACCGCCAGAAAAUGUAAAACAAAGAACUGUGGUCACCCCCUGGCGAGACACGCUGGAAUUUAAGACAACGUAUAAAUGGCUGUUUGGCAAAUCCAACACUCCCGACACACGCCGUCGAGCACUGAGUACGAUCCGCAUUUGGGGCCUGCGAAGAGGAAAUCUCUGCCCGGCAGCGGUUUUGGCCACAUCGGUGCUGGUCCAGGCGCAACUAGAAGGCCAGGAGGGCAGCUCCAAGAUACAGGACACCUAUGCCAGCUCCUUUACGCGAUUCUACAACUUCAUGUCCUCCAUUAUACAGGGACACAACAUGACCAGCAUGUAUGAAACGGCCAAGGAACUGGGCCUCCAGUCGUUCAUCGUCGAUCUGCGUCACUUGUGCGCCCAUGGACAGGAGCUGCCGCCCGUGGAGGUGCUGAGAAGCACCUCGGUUCAUUGCCUGGAGUGGCUGCGCACCUACUACUGGCUGCCACACAAGGAAAGCAUGUCCAAUUUGGAUGCUGGAAAGCUGCACCGCAAGGACAAGAUUAAGUUCGAAAAGGCAGUGACACAUCUUCUGGAUAUCUACGAUCUGACCCUGGAGUGCCAUUUCAAGGGUGCGGAGAAACUAAAGGCCAUCAGCAAGCUAAAAUCCAGUGGAGAAUUCAAUAAGAUUCGAGUCUACUCCUCCAGCAAGAAGGUGAAGACAUCAACAGAAAUCCUGAGUGCGGUGUUAGGUGACCUAAGUGCGUUGGUCAAAAGGGAAUCAUCAUCAAUGAAGGAUCUGCUUGACAUCUAUACGAACUGCCUCCUUAAAAUGGAGUACUUUCUUGGCGUUGGCCUGCAAAUCGAUGACAACGAGGAUGUCCUCAUUGCAGCCACACAAGGACUUUUCCGGUUGUUGGCUGUGCAGGGAUAUAUCGAAAAGGUGUUUGUGGCUCUAGUUCAACUGACGGAGAACCAAAACGAGUCGGAGCACCGACGACUGGGAGCCAGCUACUGGGCAACGAAAAUGGUGGAAUCCUUUGGCAUGCUGUUCCGUAUGAAGCGCAUGUACAAAGGGGAACUGGAUUUGAACAAUAAACUGAAACCAGUGGAUUUUGCCACCCUAAACACGGAUAAAAUUUCAAAAACAUUGCGCAGUCUGUUAGUACACUCAAAUGUGGAUCCCUCGGUUACACUUAUUUUUGGAGACAAUCCCAAAAAGGCGAGGUCUUUGGUUUUUGAGCGCGAGUUUAUUAUGCAGCGUGUUGCUCCAUUUAGUAACUACUCGGCGCCCAUCCUAAAAGGAUUACUACCGCUGGCAGAUCCUCCCUUUACCAAGACGCAAAUCGAGGAUUUAACCAAACUCUGCGACACUAGACUGCAGGAAUUUGAAAUGGAGGGACCGAUGGAAGAUGAUAGUUCUUCAGAGAAGAGCUACAACCUAGAAUAUCUGGAAAAACUUUUAGGACAAGCAGCUCAAAGCAGUGCGCAGACAUCAGAUUUGGGAGCUUGGAAACUAGAAAAUCAUAACGAUUGGUCCAAAUGUGCAUUGGGUGUGCUGCCUUGGGCUCAAUAAAUAUGCUCCUUAAUAUAAAAUAAAGUAAAUGAUAAAAAACAGUAA